GAGUGACAUAUGCAAGCCACAUCACCAAUACAGCUGUGAGUGAGAACUUGACAGUAAAAGAGUAAGGCAUAGAAGACCGAGGGCUAGGUUGUUACAAUUGGGGGACGAGAGACUGUAGAUAGCUACCAUGAGCAGUUCUAAGAAGGAAGGCAAGGCUGUACAGAAGGCCACCAAUGUGGUGUUUCAAGCUGGACAUGUCUCCAGAGACAAGAGAGGUAAAGCAGUGGGCAGCAAGGGGGGAUUCCGAGGCUGCACAAUAUGGCUGACAGGUCUGUCUGGGGCCGGAAAAACAACAAUCUCCUUUGCUCUGGAGGAGUACCUGGUUGGUCAGGGCAUCCCUUCCUACAGUUUGGAUGGAGACAACAUCAGAACAGGUCUCAACAAGAAUCUAGGUUUCUCCCCUGAAGAUCGGGAAGAGAACAUCCGACGUAUCUCCGAGGUGUCCAAACUGUUUGCCGAUGGCGGUAUUGUCUGCAUCACCAGUUUCAUCUCACCAUUCAGAAAGGAUCGAGACACAGCGAGGAAGCUGCAUGAAAGUGCUGGCCUUAAGUUUGUGGAGUGCUACGUGAACACACCCAUCAAUAUAUGUGAGAGCAGAGAUGUCAAGGGCCUGUAUAAGAAGGCCAGGGCUGGACAGAUUAAAGGAUUCACUGGUGUAGACCAGGCCUACGAGGCACCAGACGCCCCGGAGGUGACCCUCAAGGCCGGCCAGCUCACAGUCGAUGAGUGUGUUCAGGAGGUCAUUCAGUGUCUGCUCGAUAAGGAAAUCGUGCCAACUCAUGCCCUGAACAGUGUUAAGGAAUUGUUUGUGCCAGAGAACCGAGUGUCUGCAGCUAGAGCCGAGGCCGAAUCUCUUCCAUCUGUCAACAUCACAAAGCUUGACCUUCAGUGGACUCAGGUGCUUUCAGAGGGCUGGGCUUCGCCACUCAGGGGCUUCAUGAGGGAAAGGGAGUUUCUGCAGUGUCAGCACUUUGGGUGUCUACUGGAUGGUGGCCUGACGAACCAGUCCAUCCCCAUUGUGCUUCCUGUACAGACAGUGGACAAGGAACGCCUGGAAGGCAACGUAGCCUUCACCUUGAAGUACGAGGGCAAGGCCAUUGCCAUCCUGAGAGACCCUGAGUUCUACAAGCACCACAAGGAGGAGAGGUGUAGCAGGCAGUUUGGCACCAGCAACCUGGGACAUCCCUACAUCAAGAUGGUGUUUGAGAGCGGUGACUGGCUGGUCGGAGGAGACCUCGAGGUACUGGAGAGGAUCUACUGGAACGACGGUCUGGAUGAGUUCAGGCUCACACCCAAAGAACUACGUCUGCGCUUCAGACAGAUCGAGGCUGAUGCUGUGUUCGCCUUCCAACUGCGUAACCCAGUUCACAAUGGCCACGCCCUGCUGAUGAACGACACCAAGAGACGGAUGCUGGAGAAAGGCUACCAGAAGCCAGUCCUGCUGCUGCAUCCACUAGGUGGUUGGACCAAGGACGAUGAUGUACCUCUGCCUGUCCGUAUGCGUCAGCACGCUGCUAUUCUCCAGGAAGGCAUCCUAGACCCUGAAACAACAGUGCUGGCUAUCUUCCCAUCCCCAAUGAUGUAUGCUGGACCGACAGAGGUUCAAUGGCACGCUAAGGCCAGGAUGUCCACGGGUGCCAACUUCUACAUCGUAGGUCGUGACCCAGCCGGCAUGCCACACCCUGAUGGCACCCGUGACAUGUUCGACCCAACACAUGGAGCUAAGGUUCUCACAAUGGCCCCAGGCCUGACCCAGCUGGAGAUCGUCCCAUUCAGGGUCGCUGCCUAUAACACCGUGCAGAAGGCCAUGGCUUACUUCGACCCCGAGAAGAAGGAGGAGUUUGAUUUCAUCUCCGGCACUCGUAUGCGUAAACUAGCACGUGAGGGGCAGACUCCACCCCCUGGCUUCAUGGCGCCGAGUGCGUGGAAGAUCAUGGUGGACUACUACCAGUCUUUAAACCAGUAAUAGUUUAAGAAAAAAAAAUUGCACUGCUGUAAAACAUGUUCAUUUCAUUAGCCAGGAGAGUAUGCAUAAUCAUGUUUCAUUCGCACAGCCUCUUGCUCUCUUGUCAUAAACAAUCAGUACAGAUUCUACAUAAGGUGGAGAAAGGUGGUCUUCUGCUAUUGACUAAGUCCUUCACCGACUACCAUCAUAUACAUGUUCUAUAGAGUAGCGAAAUGUAUGUCUGCUCCUUGGGUUACUUAUAGCUGUGAGGGACGGUGGGAUAGCCUGGUGGUUAAAUCUGUGGCUAGUCGAUACAACUCAUUGAUUCCCACUUCGAUGAACACCAUUGUUGGAAUAUUGCUAAAAUGGCCUAAAACUCUAAUCACUGACUAAAUCCAGAUAUGUGAUGAGUAUAAAUAAUUUUAUUUUAUAUAAUCUUCAAUUUUUCCUUUCAAUAGUGUCUUGCUAAUGGAAGAGCCAAUCACCAGAAAUCAAAGCCACAAUUCAGUUCCAUCAGUGAUUGGAUGUCAUUACGAUCAUAAUAGCCAUAUAUAUACGAAUCUUUCCCUGUUAAUGGACCCACCUGUUUUCACUUUAUGAUUCUGUCGUUGGGAACACAAGUAUAUCAUGAAAUUUGUCACAGGUAUUUGCAUGAGGGAACAAAUAUUUUAACAUUCAUUAUCAGUAUUUUUUCACUGGUAAAUUUUGUUCUGUAUGUUUUGUACAAGCAUGGUAUGAAUGUGACAAUUUGUGACCAAAUUUCUGCUUUUGUUUGUACCACUUUAAUGGCCUUUAUAUGAGAUAUUUGUUGUGCAAACUGUUUGAUUGCUUUUUACCUACAGUUUGCUUCACAACUAAUCAUGCUACUAUGUACAGAAAUGGAUUUAUAUAAGGCGUGGUAAUCAGUGAGUACACAAAGUCGGGAAAUGUUAGACAGAAUGUGAUACUACCCAGAAAUCCUUAUCAUACAAUACUCAAAAGAAGUUAGGGGCCACCUCAUUCUUUGAUACUGUACUUCUGGUUAGCUAUAGUAAUAUGAAAGAAUCGGGUAGUCCUUAACUUCUUUUGAGUGGUGUAUGAUAUUUCAGAUAGCUGUUCAACAUACGUAUAACUCAACUUUCGAUACGGGUUGUGUUACUUGAAGUUCAGGCUGGAACUUAUGGGAUGGAUUGCUUGGAGAAGUUGUCAUGCAAACAGUAUUCAAUGUUGCCAUUGAACUAAAUCAUUUGCAGCUUCAUUUCAAGUUAAAUGAUCUCAUUCUCAAUCUAGAUCAAAAGUUGAGUUGUAUUUGUAAUGACAGACUUCAUGUAGAGUAUAAAACAAUGACUUGUUACAAUUCAUGCCAAAGCAGAUUAUGUUAAUUUGCCAUUGUAUAUAACUUUGUGGGAUGAAAACUGUAUACUGAGAGUGGGUGCUUCUCACCACUGAGGUGUUUUAUAGUCUGUAGUCAUGGCUUGUAGAGAAAGGUUUGUAAUCUAUAGCAAUAACGGUGCUUGUCAGAUGUGUAGGAAAACCUGUCUGUGUGAUAUGUAUUGACCUGAAAUACAGACACAGUUGUCAAAUAUUGUAAAGUAGAUAGAUUAUUAAAACAACAAUUAAUAUAUUUAAAUAUCGGAGGAAGUCUGGGAAAGUAUAUGUAGAGGUAUUAGUUUUGUUAUGUUUAACACAACUGUUGAUUUUAACCAUUGUUGGAGUGGUAUAUGUGCAGUAUUAGAUUUUCAGUAUACUCUUUGACAUGGCCUUUGAUAAGGGUGAGAAAUUAUUUUCAUCGGACAAGAAAUAUAUGUGCAUAAAAUGUUUUAUUAAACCAAUUCCAGACAUUUCUGUUAUAAAACGUUCAGAAUUUUAUCAAGACCUCGCCAUUCCUUUUAGAUAAGCCCUAAAAAUGUGAAAGAAAAUAGAUAUCCCUGUCUGUAUUCUUAUGACAUGGUGGCCUCCACUGUGUGUAGGUGUAGUAGCAAGGGUUAGAAAACCAGCUCACCUUCAGCCUCAGGACCUUCAAUCAAGAAGGAUAACUCUCAACUAAGUGUCUCAUCUACCCAUAUCAGAAAGAACUGAUUCUCAGAGCUUCCACCACUGGUUUCCCUGCUCAAUACUCUGUCUCAUAUUGGUGGUAACUUCUGUUAGGUUAUGGAACAAAAAUUAUAUUUUUUCUCACCUGAAGGUGCUUUUACUUAAGACCAGACUUUUACCACUGUAAAUCUAUUUUUAAAAAUAUUUGUCACCUUGAAAAAAAAUACUUCACUUCUUAAAUGACCCGUACAGUGAGACCCAUUUUUAGAACUUUUCACAACACAAGUUGAUACAACCGAUUCCAAUUCUACCUAUGAUUAACUAUUGGUCUGACAUUCAACCAUGUUAGUCAGUGUAAUGAGUUAUAUGUGUUGAAUGCGGUUUCUAAAUUUGAUUUGUAUAUGCACAUUUUAAACAGAUCUUGUUGACAUUCGGGAGAGAAUACUGAAUUGCAUUUUUUAGCUUAGAAAGAAUAUGUCCUAGAUUUUGUAGUACCUUGUCAAUCUACAUUUGAAUUGAAGGGUGGAAUAUUAUACUGACAAUCAGGCUAUAGGGACAUCUGUCCCCAGGUGGAUGUAUACAAGACACUGUGCCAAAUGUUCAGGCAAGAUGGUGGACAUGGUAGGUUGUCUUGGUACAAGUUCCCCUGGUGACGGAUGUACGAGGGGGAGAUAACUGUGUACUGGCAUAACCAGUUGUGUAGCUCUUGGUACUGCUGCCGCUGCUGGGGCUUCUGCUGUUUAUGUCCAAUAAACUUAUGAAUCUGUUAUUCAAA